AUGAACCUCCUGUGGUUCAACAAGACCAAGUGCAAGGUCCAGCAGCUGAGGCCCGGGGAGCUGCGCUGCCGCUGCCCAAGGACCGUCUCCGAGCUGAUCCCGCCGCGGCGCCUGGCCCGCCUGGAGCUCCUCGCCGAGGGGCCGCACUGCGCCGUGCCCGAGCUCAUAGCCACGACGAAGCGCGGACAGACGGUGUGUCUGAGCCCCGCCGCGCCCUGGGUCAAGCUGAUGCUCACCAGGCUCCUCAGCAGGCACCCGGUGGCUGUGCGAGUUCCCGGUGCAGCCUCCCCGCCCGCUGGGCUCCCCGGGCCCCUCCGCGCGCUGCCCCCGCCGCGGCGCCUGGCCCGCCUGGAGCUCCUCGCCGAGGGGCCGCACUGCGCCGUGCCCGAGCUCAUAGCCACGACGAAGCGCGGACAGACGGUGUGUCUGAGCCCCGCCGCGCCCUGGGUCAAGCUGAUGCUCACCAGGCUCCUCAGCAGGUACCUGCGAGGCCGGGGCUGCUUCUAUAGAAUAGUUUUUACUUUAUUGUUACAAUAUCAGGUGAUUGUGCCAAGAAACAGCGCUAAUGAUGAAGCAACCAUUAUCUCAGGGACAAAGCUUGCUAAACAAGUUUUGAAAGAAGUUCAAAGGGAUGUAGAAUCGUGGAUAUCCUUUGGAAACAAGAGACCUCAUCUUACUGUUAUAUUAGUAGGAGACAAUCCAGCUAGUCAUAUCUAUGUGAGAAACAAGAUAAAAGCAGCUGCAGCUGUAGGCAUUUCUAGUGAGAUCAUACUGAGGCCUGAAGACAUUUCUCAGGAAGAACUCUUAGACAUGACGGUAAAACUCAACAAAGAUUCAAGAGUUAGUGGUUUAUUAGUUCAGCUACCUCUCCCAGAUCACAUCGAUGAACGAACCGUUUGUAACGCUAUCGCACCUGAGAAGGACGUGGAUGGGUUUCAUAUUAUGAAUAUUGGACGUUUGUGUCUUGAUCAGCCUUCUGUCAUACCUGCAACUGCUGCUGCCGUGUGGGAGAUUAUCAAACGGACAGGAAUACAGACAUUUGGAAAAAAUGUUGUAGUAGCUGGAAGAUCUAAGAAUGUUGGAAUGCCUAUUUCAAUGCUUUUACAUAGUGAUGGAGAACAUGAAAGGCCUGGAGGUGAUGCCACAGUGACCAUUACUCACAGAUACACACCAAAAGAGCAGCUCAAGAUCCAUACACAACUCGCUGACAUUGUUAUAGUAGCUGCAGGUAUCCCAAAGUUGAUCACAACUGAUAUGGUCAAAGAAGGUGCAGCUGUGAUUGACAUAGGCAUCAACCAUAUCCAUGAUCCUCUUACAGGAAAGACCAAGUUAGUUGGGGAUGUAGACUUUGAAGAAGUGAAGAAGAAGGCUGGCUUUAUCACUCCAGUGCCAGGAGGGGUAGGACCUAUGACUGUUGCAAUGCUUCUGAAGAACACGCUCCUAGUUGCUAAAAAGCUCAUUUACUAG